ACCCUUCCAUCCCAUCUCAUCUCCUGCCGCCCAGGGGAACGAACGACCCUAUAUCUUCACGGCCAUCGUCAGUUCACACCUGCAGGCUGCAGCGCACAAAAACAUAAACCACCGGCGCAGGUGCAACACCCCCCAGCAGCCAGCGGCAUCAACAGAAGGUACUCGUCGUCGGCGAAGAUGGGGUCGUGCGCGGCGCUGCGUGCGCUGGCGGUGGUGCUGUGGGUGGCGGCGGCGUACCCGGUGUUGUUCCGGGCGCGGCCCGUGCAGGCGCUGGCGGCCAACUGGGGCACCCGCGCGCUGCACCCGCUGCCGGGGGACAUCACCGUGCGCCUCCUCCGCGACAACGGCUUCGACAAGGUGAAGCUCUUCGAGGCCGACCAGCCCGCGCUCCGGGCGCUGGGCCACUCGGGCAUCCAGGUCAUGCUGGGCCUCCCCAACGACCUCCUCGCCGGCGUCGCCGCCAGCGUCAACGCCGCUGAGCAGUGGGUGCUCCAGAACGUCUCCGCCUACGUCUCCAGGUACGGCGUCGACAUCCGCUACAUCGCCGUCGGCAACGAGCCCUUCCUCAAGUCCUACAAGGGCAAGUUCGAGGCCGCCACGCUGCCCGCCGUCCAGAACGUGCAGGCGGCGCUCGUCAAGGCCGGCCUCGCCCGCCAGGUCCGCGUCACCGUCCCGCUCAACGCCGACGUCUACGAGUCCCUCGACGGCAGGCCCUCCUCCGGCGACUUCCGCCCCGACAUCUCCGGCCUCAUGGUCAGCCUCGUCCGCUUCCUCCUCGACAACGGCGGCAUCCUCGCCAUCAAUAUCUACCCCUUCCUCUCCAUGGACGCCGACCCCAACUUCCCCGUCGACUACGCCUUCUUCCCCUCCCCCGGCGCGCCGCCGUCCCAGGCCAGCGUGCAGGACGGCAACGUGCUCUACACCAACGUCUUCGACGCCAACUACGACACCCUCAUCGCCGCACUCGAGAAGCACGGCCUGGGUUCCAUCCCCGUCGUCGUGGGGGAGAUCGGAUGGCCCACCGACGGCGACAAGAACGCCAACGUCGCCGCCGCGCAGCGCUUCAACCAGGGACUCUUCGACCGCAUCAUCGCCGGCAAGGGCACCCCGCGCCGCCCCCAGAUGCCCGACGUCUACGUCUUCGCGCUGCUCGACGAGGACAACAAGAGUGUCGACCCCGGCAACUUCGAGCGCCACUGGGGCGUCUUCAACUACGACGGCACGCCCAAGUACCGGCUCAACCUCGCCGGCGGCCGCCCGCUCGUGCCGGCCAAGGGCGUCCGGUACCUCUCCAAGCAGUGGUGCGUGCUCCGCCCGGACGCCAGCCCGACCGACCCGUCCAUCGCCGGCGCCGUCCAGUACGCCUGCCAGUACUCAGACUGCACCAGCCUCGGCGGCGGCUCAUCCUGCGGCAACCUCGACGCGCGCGCCAACGUCUCCUACGCCUUCAACCAGUUCUUCCAGGCGGCCAACCAGCAGAAGGCCGCCUGCAACUUCAACAACCUCUCCACCAUCGUCACCACCGACCCGUCCCAGGGGACAUGCAGGUUCGAGAUCAUGAUCGACACCGGCCGACACGAGCUCACCGGCAAGUCGGCCGCCGGCAGGGUGGGUUCCUCCUGGUGGAGCGCCGUGCCGCUAGUGCUCGGCUUCGUCAGCCUCGUGGUCGCGUGGUGAGAGACUGCAAUGCAACGGAUGGAGCUCCUCAACGACUAGAAGCUAGCUAGAAAUGGCCAUUAUUCUUUAAUUUUUCUUAUACUAACUAACAGAUCAAUUCGUUAAGGAUAUUCUUGGUGGUAAUAAGUAUCCAUUUACCAUUGGGGAUUAUCGGCUAAGGGUAGCUUCUGUUACUUGGAAAGGGAUUAUUGUACUGUAUCAUACUCAUUGGAGGAUUCUUUCUGAUGUACAUAUAUACAUGACAGAGAAAUUGAUAUGCAAUUUGGUUGGAAUGUGUGGCUAUGUCCCUCUCUGUUGAUGCUCUUCUUGGAUUUAUGGAUAUGGUUCAGAGUUUCAGACUUCAUAGUUACAUUUAAAGAUGGGGGUGCGGUUCAGCCCAUCGGUUCGCUGAACCGACCCAUAAAACUGAUUCUAAUGGGCUCCUUUUCUAAACCGUGAACCCAGUUUGGAUCGAUGGAUCAGAAUCACUCGAACCUUAGGAUCGAGUGGUUCGACCCACUCCCCCUCGGCAUCUUCCUUCCAAGCAGCGGCGGCGCUCAUGGAGACGCCCCCCAGUUCAUCGGCGGCCACGUUCCUCCGUCGGCACCAUCCCAACUUCUCCCGCCGGCCAUGCAGGAGACCGUGCCGCCACGCUGCAGCAGAUCCCCGCUGCGCUCCUGUUGUCGACGCCUUCCUCGCCCCUGCCAUCACGCUCCGCCGGCAGCACCUCGUCACGCUUCGCCGCCUCCUCAAGCGUCUCCACUCCUGAAGCUGCCCCUUCCCCCUACGCACUAACCCGUGCCACCAUUCCUAAGGGACACGCCAAACCAGGAAUCCAUGGUGUAGUAGCAGGCUCUGGUUAGCAAGCAUUGUCCAUAGCAAAGGCAAGGUACCACACGACCUGAGCAGUAAGAAAAUGCACACCCUAAGCAACAAUGUGAAUUUUCAGAUCUGUAUGGCUCUAAGGGUAGAUGCUAGACUAAAGAAAGUGUAACCAAGAUCAGUAUAAUGUGAUAGAUGCUCCUAUUUUGGAUAGGAGUCAAACUCUGAAAGUGAUCUAGUUUUUGAUGAGCAAGUCAAGAUUUACUUGUAGUUGUGUGCUUGGAGCAGUUCUAAACUCUAAUUACUGGGUGUAAAUGUGUAAUGUGUAAAUAACCAAUCAAGUCCAAUUCA